AGAACAAAACUAAAUAAAUAAAUACCAACCAGAAAACGGUCCUUCACUGCACAUAAUUUGUUCUUUCUCACUUCUCAUUUCUCAUUUGUCAUUCCAUCACCUCACAGUGACACUCUUCUUCAACCUCCAUGCAAUGGCGACCCAUUUGAAACCAUUCACCAUAGCCACACCAUACAAAUCACUACACCCUCUCCAUCUCCAACAACAACAUCAACAACCAAGGAACAGAAAACAAACACAAUGGGUACGAUUCAAAAUUCAAGCAAGUUCAUCGUACCUCGACAUGUGGAAAAAAGCCAUAGAACGAGAAAGAAACACCACAAACUUCAACAAACUCGCUUCUUCAAAUGACAACAACGUGGAAGAGAAUUUGGAGAAGAAAACUGAAGAGUUCCAGAAACUUCUACAGGUUUCAAGUGAAGAACGUGAUAGGAUUCAGAGAUUGCAAGUUAUUGAUCGUGCUUCCGCCGCAAUUGCCGCCGCUAGAGCACUUCUUAAAGAUGCUAAUAGCAAUAGUGUUCGUUCUGAUAAAGAUUCGUUACAGAAAAAUGAAUCAGAUUCAGGAAAGAAGAAUGACAGUAUUUUUGUGCAAGAGUCUGGAACGCAGAAUGGGACUCUUUUUGUGCCAAAGUCAGGAACGCAGAAAGACGGUAUCCCAGGUCCUGAUUUUUGGUCCUGGACACCGCCAGCAGAUAGUGAUGUUCCUUCAAACGAUGCCAAUGGGUUGAAGUUAAAUCCAAAGUCUUCCGUUAAUCCAACAUUAUCUAAUCCUGUCGUGGAGAAGGAAAGGUCCUCGCAAUCUCUCUCGAUCCCAUUCGAGAGUUUACUUACUCAAAGCAAAACAUUUCCUACACUUCCACCACUUCAGUCAUCAUUGGAGGUUGUUGAAGCCUCUGCUUCAAAUGUAGAGUCUCCUUCAUUAGAAGAGGAACUGAAACGUGGUGCGUUAUCUUCCGACCAUGCGGCGGAAGUAGUUCGCGCCCUUGGAACAGACAGUAAAUCAUCACCUGUUGGAGUGAAUGUGGAUGGAACGAGAUGGUGGAGAGAGACAGGAAUUGAGCAAAGACCUGAUGGUGUCAUUUGUAGAUGGACAUUGAUCAGGGGUGUUAGUGCUGACAAAGCUUUAGAGUGGCAAGAGAAGUUUUGGGAGGCUUCUGAUGAGUUUGGCUAUAAGGAACUUGGUUCUGAGAAAUCAGGACGUGAUGCCACUGGAAAUGUUUGGCGUGAAUUUUGGAGAGAAUCCAUGCGUCAGGAAAAUGGGCUAAUGCAUAUGGAGAAAACUGCAGACAAAUGGGGACGUAAUGGUCAAGGUGAUGAGUGGCAGGAAAAAUGGUUUGAACACUACAAUGCAUCUGGUCAAGCUGAGAAAUGGGCACACAAGUGGUGUAGUAUUGACCCAAACACACCUCUUGAUGCAGGGCACGCUCAUGUCUGGCAUGAAAGGUGGGGUGAAACAUAUGAUGGGUACGGUGGCAGCAUAAAAUACACCGACAAAUGGGCCGAGCGUUCAUCGGACGGUGGAUGGGAGAAAUGGGGCGACAAAUGGGACGAAAAUUUCGACCCAAAUAGUCACGGCAUCAAGCAAGGAGAGACCUGGUGGGAAGGUAAGUACGGAGAGCGUUGGAACCGAACCUGGGGUGAGCAACACAAUGGUUCUGGAUGGGUUCACAAGUACGGAAAGAGCAGUAGUGGUGAACAUUGGGACACACAUGAACCGCAAGAUACUUGGUACGAGAGAUUCCCUCAUUUUGGUUUCUUUCACUGCUUUGAAAACUCGGUUCAGCUUAGGGAAGUUAAAAAGCCUUCUGAAAGACAAGAGCCUUAAUUUGUCGAAACCAUGUGAAAAUAUACGAACUUUAAUAAUCUUAUAGCAUCUUGAGUAUAUAUGCUGAUCAUAUCAAGCUCUUCUGAAAAUGUAAGGAAUGUAUGGUGUGUAGUAAUGAUAUUGUAUGUAUGCUUGCAAUUUAUGCAGAAAGUGGCUUUUGCAAUAUUUAUCAA